CAGCUCCAUCAUCAUCAUCAUCAUCACCAGCAGCACCACCUCAGAAGCCCAUCCCCUAGCGUCCGUCCAGGGAAUGAAGCCCGUAUGCGCAUGGGCGGAGAUACUGCCGCUGUGCGCUGUUAUUAUUGUAAGAGUAAUUUCUUUUUUACGAAAAUGGCGUCUAGUCAGGGAGGUGUGGGAGCUGUCACGGCUCUUCAAAGCCAUCACUACUCCAGCGGACCUCCCUGGACCCCGGGCUUCAGCCAGUACCAGCACCAGCAGCAGCACCACACGGCCCGCAGCCUGGACCGGGCUCUGGAGGAUGCCGUGUGCUCCGGGAUACUCAACCUGAGCGGCAGGAAGCUGAGGGAGUACCCGGGGAUGAGCCAGGAUCUGACCGACACAACACAAGCAGAUUUGUCCAAGAAUCGACUGACAGAAAUCCCCCCUGAUUUGUGUCUAUUCGCCCCCCUGGAGUCGCUCAACCUCUACCACAACUGCAUCAAGUGCGUCCCAGAAGCCAUUAUCAACCUGCAGAUGCUGACUUACCUGGACAUCAGCCGAAAUCUCCUGUCAGUUUUGCCAAAAUAUUUGUUCAGCCUCCCCCUCAAAGUUCUGCUUGUGAGCAACAACAAGCUGGUGUCCAUCCCCGACGAGAUCGGCAAGGCCAAAGAGUUGAUGGAACUGGACGUGAGCUGUAAUGAGAUCCAGGUGCUGCCGGCUCAGGUUGGGAGGCUUUACGCUUUGAGAGAACUGAACAUCAGGAGGAAUUGUCUUCACAUGCUGCCUGAGGAGUUGUCUGACCUACCUCUCAUCCGCCUUGACUUUUCCUGCAAUAAGAUUACAGAGAUUCCUCCGGCUUACAGAAAACUCAGGCAGCUGCAGCACAUCAUCCUAGAUAACAAUCCUAUGCAGUCUCCACCCGCACAGAUUUGCCUGAAGGGCAAAGUGCACAUAUUGAAGUACCUGAACAUCCAGGCGUGCAGGACGGACAAGAAGCCGGACACCCUGGACCUCCCCUCCCUCGGCAAGCGAUGCAUCCCUCAGCCACUCACAGAUAGCAUGGAAGAUUUUUAUCCCAGUAAGAACCACGGGCCUGACUCUGGAAUCGGUAGUGACAAUGGCGACAAGAGGCUGUCUACGACUGAGCCUUCAGACGACGACACAGUCAGCCUCCACUCUCAGGUUUCAGAGACAGCCCGUGCUGAUGCCCUCUCACUCCUCUCCAAAAUGGACUCUUGCAAAGAUCAGGAUCUCUAUGACUUUAUAGACCCCAACCCGGACGAGGAUCCUGCUCUGUCAGAGUGUGACGGGCAGCAGAGCGGUCAUGUGUCUUGUAUAAAGGAACUGGAAAAGGUUCUUAACAUGUCUCACCAAAGCAAAGAUAACUGGAAAGAGGAAUCAGGUUCCGAUAAGGAGCAGCUAGUUGAGGAGGAGGAUGACGAGCUGAAGGAAGUGCUGGAUCUGAGGAAGAUUGCCGUUCAGCUUCUUCAGCAGGAGCAGCAGAACAGACGACGAUCCUUGAUUUGCCGAGCGGAGAGUCUUAUUCACCGACGGAGGGUGACCGGCCGGGCUCACAGAUUUCUGAGUCACUCUGGAAGCUCGGGUAACAAGCCGCGCCCCCCCCCUCAGCCCCGGAGUGCCUCUCUGGAUGAAGGGAGCAGUGGAGCCUCAGUGCUGAGUGGACAGCCGUCUUCCUCCUGCUCCUUUGAUGGCAGCCUGAAGACCGAUUCGUCAGAUUCAGAUCCAAAGUGGCCCGACGUCCCACCGGUCCUCAAUCAGAAUGAGGAGCGCAGGAGGAACAAGUACCUGAGAAAAGAUUAUCUGAAGUACAAGUGUCAGACGGCUCGCAAAAACUCCAACGGCAACGAUGAGUGUGAGGAGGGUUUGAGCAACGCAGAUUUCAGCACCACUCUAACAGUGUUUGGACUGAAGCCAAGAUCAGCAUUCGCCAAAGGAAGCCGCCAGGAGUACGCCUCCACAGACCCCAGCUUCACCAUGAGGAGGAAGAUGGAGCACUUGAGGGAGGAAAUCGAGCAGAUAGGAAUCCUGCGACAGAACAUUGAGACCAGACUGAAGGUGUUGCUCCCAGAGGAUGUUGGAGCCGCUCUGAUGGACGGGGUGGUCCUCUGCCAUCUAGCCAAUCACAUCUGUCCUCGGUCAGUCGCCAGCAUCCAUGUGCCGUCUCCCGCUGUGCCAAAGCUUAGCAUGGCUAAAUGCCGUAGGAAUGUGGAGAACUUCUUGGAUGCCUGUAAGAAGCUGGGUGUCACACAGGACAAGCUGUGCCUUCCCCAUCACAUCCUGGAGGAGCGCGGCCUGGUGAAGGUUGGCAUGACGAUCCAGGCUCUGCUGGAUCUGCCUCCAUUAAGACCCACCCCCCCUGUCAGCUGUUUGACAAGAGCCCGAAUGCUGUGUACAACCCACAGCCCUCCAGUCGACCCCCCACCACCACCAGGGAGCAGAGCGCCCCCCGGGGGGAGGACCCAGCAGGGGUCUGCUUCUGCCUGACUGAACCAUGAGACAGGAGGGGAACUUCCUCUGUCUUUUUAUAUGAUGUCAGCUGCCACCCUACUUCCUGUCCAUCAGAUUUCCACUUGUAUACUGUUCCUAGUUGCUGGGGGUCAAUGUGUGUUCCUGCGCUGCUUGGACUCCCCGAGGAGAGACAGAAAAGAUCCAAUGUUUUUGAUGAAGACAUGUAUUUACCUCUCAACAUGCUCCGUGCUUAUUGAACCUGCAAGGGCCAGUACUGAGAACAUGGCGGUGAGGAGAUGACAGACAUGUGACUCACUCUUUCACUAAAGUGAUCCGACCUUUUGUAAUUUGUUUGACAUAAUUUCACUUCUGUAUCUGUUCCGAAAUCCUGACUCUAUUGCUUUCAUGAGGGAGAGGCAGGGCGUGCUUCUAAACCUUUCUGUAGGUCAUUAGUCAUUUGGUUUUUCUGGGUGUUUCCUGUUAAAAAUGAUUUUAACUGACUACUUUAAAAAAAAAAAAUACAAAGCUGCAUGCUAUGACAUUUGACCACUGUGAGAACAUGUGCUGGUUGUAGCCAAAAGCAUAAUGGUCCUGUUUUAUAGCAUUUCUUUUAUUGUUCGUGCAAGGUUUCUGAUAAAUAUUCUGUCAUCCGACUUUUCUAAAGCUUUUAUACUUUCUUUCCAGUCAUUGCCAAAUAUCAUUGCCAGUUUUGUGCCAUAGUCGACACAAAUCAGUCCACGCAAACCUUCCACACAUGGCACGCUUGUAUCUUCCUGCCAGGCCCCCCUGCUGUUUGUGCUUUCUUUUACAACUCAUUAUUUCAGGGAAAUUCUAUUAUUUAUGUAUUUAUUCUUUUGUUUUAUAUUUAUAUGUUGUUGCUUUUUGCAUCCUACCCCUUGGUACCAGUGUGAUGCAGCUGCACAUUUAGAUCUCAAAUAUUUUGUUUUUUUUGUGCUGAACUUGUUAACUUUGAGAAGGUUUCUCAACUUAGUCCAGGCAGUAGCAGGUCACCUUUUUAAAUUAGGUCUCCAAAAUGCUGAACAAUAAUAGUGGAAAUUAAAGUAAAGAUUUCUUAAUCAAUAAAUAUAAGUAAAGUUCAACUUUCACUUUUUUUUUUUCACUUUUCACUUUCAUUAUACUGUUCUGUCAAUGAUAACGGCCAAAAGGUUUUUAUUUAGGUGCUUUAAUGGUUUAUUUUACAUAUAGAGUGACUAUUUGAGAAUUGAAAGACUCCAUAACAUGGACAUUUAUCAGUGAAACGUUGAUGAGACAUGUUCAAUGACCUCUGGCUUUGAUUAAAGACUUGCUAGUUAAGCUACUGAAGCCCAUGUUAACAACACAAGAAGCAGAGCAGAGCUUUUAUGUGUAGUGAAGACAAAGCUAAUCAUGAUGCAAAAGGUGCCAUAAAGUACUAUGAGGUUAUUGUCUGUCUUGCUGAAACAUAUGGGACAACAUCUUGAAAGUCCACAAAUGCCAUCAAAUUCAACAAAAUGGUAACACCUAAAAACACGACAUAUUGUGCCUUAAAGGAGGGGCGUUUUUCGGCUUGCUGCACUCUAAUUACACUAUAAGUACCUGGAUUACACCUUUCUCUCCCUGUAUUUCUCUCCUCUCCUUUUUUCACAGGAUGUUUUAGAUGUUGUGCAACAGAAACAGAUGUUCUACUUUUGAGUUCAAUGUCAAAUAACACAAUAGUCUACUUUUCAUAGACAAACAAACUCUGAUAAGGAGUACCUGAGGUUAUUUUCAUAGUGUCAGCUGCCUGGCCCACGGGCGGGUUACACCUUGAAUGCUGUUCCUGAGAACCUCAGCCUUCUACAGUACUUGACUGUUAUGACAGAUUUUAUGAUUUCAUUUUCCAAGGAAGAAAUGCAGGAUGGAUACCAAACAAUGCAGGGCAUUAUGUGUGAAGUGUGCACGAGUCUCAUGUCACGUCCUUUUCUUCUGCAGAAUACUAUCGACUAUCAGUUAAUAAUACCCUGGUUCAGGCUGCAGCAGUGUACAGUGAAGGUCGUCUUUAAUGCUCACUUUAUAUUUCUCAUUACAAUUUAAAAACAUGGACACAUGUUCAUAAAGUGCGCAACAGCGUGCUGCAUCUUCAUAAGCGUCUACAUAACGUAUAGCCCAUCUUUAGCACUUACAGUAUAACGAAACACAAGCAUAAUCUGAAAUGUAAACUAAGAAAGUGUAGCUAACAGCGCUUCGUUAGCGUCACAGAAGCUGGUUGGUAAUUUCUCAACAAGUGAGGACAACAAAGGUAUUAUUACUGAAGGUAGCAUACUCACAAACUCUAUGUCUUGACUUCCAGGUUUAGAGGCAAUGAAGGAACAACACGGAUGUGUCAAAUAUACUUUAGCCAACAAUAUCUGCCAUUUUUUACUGUAGGUUUGUAUUGCUGUACUAUAUGUUACUAUAAAUAUUCAAAUGCUUUUUUUAAAUGACUCACAGUUUCUUUGCAUUUUGGAGUUAGGUGAAAAGAAAUGACUUUGGGACUGAGUUUGCAUUUUCAAGGUACUGGCACCGAAUGAAUCAAGGCACAUAAGGGGCUCACAGAAAGGUGAGUUGUAUUGGUUUGAUCAUGUGUGGUAAAGUGGUGUAGGAUUAAUAAAUAUACAUACGUGUAAAUUGCAUGGAAAGGGAGAGCUGGGAAAAUUACCUUGAAAGUCACUCGCCUGUGGAAAGAAACGUUUGUUUACUGUAGAAAACAAAAACAGCUUGAUUCAACACUUUUUCCACAAGAUGUGGCGACUUCACAACUUGGAAAUAAUAAUGGGUUGCAUUCAAACUUUGAGAUUCCUUUAUCUUUUUAUUGAUGGCAAUUCAAAGCUAGGAGGACACUGGGGAAAGGGCUCCACAUGACUCACCAUCUGUAUGGUUUUCCUUUGUUAUAUCCAGGGUAUCAUGCACUGCAUGCGUGGGCCCGGUACAUCUCCCUACAUGUUUUCAAAUGACUAUGGUGCAAGUUUGUUUGCUUCUCUUCUAACAGUUUCCUUCAGGUCGUUGUUACCUUACAACCUGAUGUAUUUACCUGUCAGCCAAACAACUGUGACUUCUGUAAUUCUGUUUUUAAACCUCCCAAUGAUGCCUUACUCUUGUUUUUUUAACUGCAUACACUACCGCAUGCUGAUCUUUCAUUGCUUUAUCUAAGUGCCAAAUCAUGAAAGUAUCAUUUCCUCGCAGCCUUCAGUGUUUGAGCAAAAGCAUAACCAUGGCACUGUCAACACUGUAGACAGAUAUGUAUGUAGUGAUGCUCUAGUAGCAACGAGCAGGAGUUGUUGAGCUUAAGAAGGCUUUUGUUAUGAUUUUAAAACUGAAAACGGAAAUUGUAUGUUUAGCAGUGAUAACCAAGAUUUUUUUUCAAGGAUAUGUUUACAUUGCUUAAUCUUAAAACAGUUUAACUUUAGAUUGUGUUUCUUUAAAAAAGAAUCGUGAACAUUGUCCCUGAUCUUUUACACUGGAGAUUCAUCAAAAGGGGAUUUCUUCAGGCCCAGUAUGGACUUCAGGAAUGAUUUUAGUGAUGAAUAUCUCCCUUUACGAACAUAUUAAGUCCAAAUUGACACCUAUUUUAUUUAAAUGUUGACCCUAUUUGGAGGAACGAUGCAGAUGUGAAAACUGUACUGAUGAAAUGUAUUAUGAUUGCCAUCAUCUGUCAACAUAGAGUUUACUUUAAGAACGGUUCUAUCGAUUGGGCAAGUCUUUUUUAUGAUGUAUCGAAGCAAGUUAGAAAAUAUGCUGUUUAUUGGUUUUGGGAAAGCCAGUGAUGGAUCAAGCCCUUUUUUUUCGUUGCACUUCCUUUACAAACCUGUAACAAAAACAUUAUAGACAUUCAGAAAUGUGAUUUUCGAUGUUAUGUGUUAACCUCAAGCGGUGUUCUGCCUCGUUACACUGUAUCUGUCAUCCUUUUUUUGUAUCAGACCUGCCGUCAGAUUUAUUUAUUUUAGGAUUUAACAAUAGUCAUCUCAUCCAAAGAAAACAGUGAAACAGUGAGUCAUGUCUAAAUACUACACUGCCAAGAAAAUGUGAGUGUGUGUAUAUAAGCUUUUUGUAUUUAUUUGUAAUGACUCAAAUGCAUGCAAGAAUAACAAAUGGCUGAAGCUGAACUUCUGUACAUAUCAUCUGUAAAAAAUCCAGGGAUUUCUUAAAAAAACAUGGUCAAUAUAAAAUAAAGUCAAAUUCUUUGCA